CCCCUUCGUGUCCGUCUUCCAGACUCUAACACCGUCGUCAAUCAGAAACGAACGCCAAUAUCACUCUCUUAUCUACCUCCAAUCGAUUCCUUCCACCUCACCUCGAUCACCAUGGCCAAACGCCCCUGCCCUUGCCCCUCUUCCUCCACCACCACCUCCACCGCCACCGUUUCUGCUCAAAAUCAUACGUUCCCGAACCUAAACCCCCAGACGGACCAUCUCCUUAACGCAUUUCUCGGCCUCGCAGACUCCCCCUCGCACUCCCUCGACAUCUGCCUCGAUCGCCUCCUCGACUCCUCCACUUGCGAUGCCAAUCAGUCCGUGCUCAUCGAUCGCGUCCACAAAUUGGGCUCUGUCCUCGUCGACGCUGCCAACCGCGCCGCCCGAAAGCGCGCUUCCAAACACAAUUCUCUUAUCUGGCCUCUCCCUCCGGAUCUAACUAUCAAGGUCUUCUCCAUGCUCGACACACAAAGCUUGUGCUUUGCUUCUGCAUCAUGCUCAAUGUUCAAUAAGUGUGCCCUGGAUCCAUUGUGCUAUGCAAAUAUCGACUUGACGACAGUUGUCCCAAAAGUCAAUAAUGCAGUGGUAUCUAUAAUGAUUCAACGAGCAGGAAGAGUCCUUGAGUCUCUUAAGCUUGGCAUAGUUCCAGGCCCUACUUCGUCUCCUGGAUCUUGUCAACCAUUGGUUUAUACCAUCAGAAAUUUUGUAGAUGUAUCUAAAUUUUCAUGGACCGAUAAAAAGCCCAGGCAGGGGAAGGAGUCAUCCAUUCUUACAAGAUCCUGCUUAAACUCUUUAAGUGGGGACAAUAGUGCUGCUGGAACUCUUUUGAGAAGGUUGCACCUUUACAAUAUUGAAAGAAUGGACGGUGCAUCGCUUAGUGGGGCAUUAUCAGCUUGCCCCUCUCUUCUUGAUCUGGAGAUUGUUGGUCUACAUGUUGAAUUGAGGCAAACAUUGAUGUCCGUGAGCAUGUUUUGUCCCUUGAUAGAGCGUUUAUUCUUCGAGUCAUCCAAAACAGGACAAGAUGACAGUUUGAAGUCACCAACAUGUGUUGACCUGGUAAACAAUUGCCCGAAUCUAACUUCACUGGCACUCAGGGGUUUUAAGCUACAUGAUUAUAAAGUUCGCAUUCUCCUUAAGGGAUUUCGAAAGCUAAACUAUGUUGACUUUUCAACAUCGUAUUCAAUUACCGGAAUGUUUUUGAGGAACCUUGGAAGCAGCUUAGGUGGUCAUCUACUAGAGGUUUUGAUUUUGAGGGACUGUAUGCACCUUAGAGAGGUGGAAGUUGCUCGAUUAUUGACAGCAAUUCUUUCAGGAGAUUUCAAGUUCCUUCAACAUCUUGACAUAUCCAAUAGGGAAGGCUUAGCUUCUGAAGGUGACUGGUAUCAGAGGUGUUACAACUCAAGUCUAAUCCCCGUAAGGCAGGUCUUGCAAGAGAGGCCUGGCAUGUGCUUAUUGGCUGAGUUUCCUUCAGAAGGAAGUUUCUUUGGUCUUGACAUCGAUUUGAAUAGUGACAUCAGUCUGCCAUCCCAGCUGAGCAGUCAUACAUCAGAUGGUUCUUCGUUUACGAGUUCGUUGGAGAGCAGCUAUAGUAGUGAUCAGAGUAGUGGCAACGAGGAGAAUCGAGAUUCUGGUGGUGUAAUUUUUGAGGAAAGCUCAGAUGAAGUUGACUUUUUGCCUGGCUAGGUAACUUAUCAAGCAUGGCAAGGCUUGGAAUCCUCGACCACCCAAUAAAUUGAAUACUGGGAAGAAGUUUCCAGUGAGCCCAAGCUCUUACAAGAUCUAUGAAGAACAUAAACUGAUUUCUUCCAUCACUUGGUUCAACUGCAGCAGAGAAUAUUUGGGGAACUAACUUCAUGGUGGUGGCCUCCAUCACUUGAUACAACUGCGGACUACAGCAGGGAAUUUAUGGAGCGAUUGGUUUUUCAUUAUGAAGGCUGUAAAUGGUGAAGGGAACCUUUUAUUUCCCUCACUUUAAGAAAAGGAUUACAGUAUUUUUUACGGUUCUACCAUUUCAGUAUGUUCUGUAUUUAAUGAUGAUUCUUGAAACUUUGAAAUGUUCGAAAGGCCGAAUUGUGAAUCAAUAUAUAUCACUUUUCUGCUAUUGCGUUCAA